CUAAGUUCAAUGCAAAGCAUAUCAGAAAUCGUUUUCUGACUUCUAUGCCUCGUGGUUCUAAUUGAAACAUAUAUUUGAGUUACGCUUUGGUAUAAAGAAAAGUUCAAAGUUGUAACUCAGAAGAGUUUCAGCCUUUAAUGUAAACUUCAGGCGACUGGUGAACUACUCUCUAAUUUCUGUAUCUAUGUAUGGGGUUGAUAUCUGAACACCAGCUCUGUAUCUCUAUAGAUUCUAUAGAAUUUUCUUAGGAUAAAGGAAGUCGAAACGGUUUAUUCAAAUCUUAAAUUGCAUAAAUUCUAAUACCCCAUUUUCAUAAAAUUCCCUUUUGAAUUCUGCAGAACACAUAAGCUGAUUUAGAACAUGAAAUGGAUCUUCAGUAAUAGAUAACUCGCCCAUACAUAGUAUCAAUUAAACAAACAGUCAAUCGACCAAUGUUUGCAGUUCCUUAUUUUUCAUCAUAUGAUCCAAGAUUAAUAUGAUUUGGUGUCAUACCCCCGUUAUGUGAUCCUUUGCUUUUCUUCUUGGCUUCGCUCUGGCUCAAAAUUCUUAUCUGUGAUUCUUUUCUAUCUCUGUUAACAGAGCCGGCGCUAGCUAUCGUGCCUAAGGAGGAUUUCCAGGUUUCUAGGCCCAACUGGGUGAACAAUCGUGUAUUUGCCGACAAAUUGAGCAUGUGCACACUAAGAACCACUAGCUGGCAAGAACUCCUCAUUUUUUCGACGGAAUUUUGUUUUCAAGGAGGGUUUCACAUUCCCCACACCUUUUCCUCCAUAGCGAUGGCCAUGUCUGUAAAACCUCUCAUUGCAUCGUGAGUUAAAAGCUACACACAUGCUUUCCAAAGAUAACAUCUUAAAGAGCAGCGUAAUGUGUGCUCGAUUUUUCCUUAUGUUAAGCAAAAUUUUCCAUUUUGCCAAAACCUGGAUUUUGUUAUAUGUUCCCAUUGGCAUCGUCUUUGUUAUCUUUUUCUUAUAAAAUCUACUUUUUUAGACUUGUAUAAAAUGUUUCCAUUAAUUGGUUAUUACUGGUCCCUAAAUCUCCAGUGACAAAUACAAGCACCAUGCAUGUCAGUUACGAAUGAUAAGAGAUCCAAAAACAGUCGCCCUUUAAUACAUUUGCCUUCCUUUUGAUUUGUUCGUUUUUGUUGCACUUUUGAUUUUGGCCUCCCUUUGGGGGGGGGGGGGGUUUGGUCUCAACAUUUAGCUGAAAAGUUCCAGAAUUUCGCUCUUGGGCUCUUUCCUAUAUUGUUUUCUUAAUCUUAUUGUUUUAGAAAGGGUUUUUUGUUGAAAUGAUUUCUUCCGUACUCUAUUUAGUUUGGUAAUCAUGGUAACAUAGGACCGCAUGUCAGAUCUAGAUUCACUUUCCUUUCAUUCUUUAAGAAGAAAAUUUUGGAAAUAGUUACGUCAAUGAACUGGUAUCGCAUGUUUUAUUAAGGCAAAUGAAGGAUUUAUCUGUAACGAAGGAAUAAAUCCCUGCGCCCUUUAGUAAACAAAUAUUCUUUGUAAUUGCUUUUAAAUAACGUCGCAUAGUUAAAAAUUGGUGCAUAUUCAACGGCUCUGUCUUUUAGAGACACAAAACUUCCAUAAAUUAAUUUAUUUUCUGACUUAGGACCUCCUUGCUAUCGUAUGCACUUCUCGCCGUUCGAUCCUUUGGUCAACAAAUGAGAGCUUUCUUAAUUUCAAAAUGCCCUCUUACGCUCCCACAUUUUUUCAGAUUCAUUUGUCAUGCAUCCGACGUUUGAAAAACGUUUUAUAUUAGAAAACUUGCUAAGCAUAGAAAGUGUCUUUUUUGAAUUGCACUCUUUUCCUUAUAAGGAUAACUGUCUUCUAUGUCAUUUAUUUUCCGUCAUUCAAUUCAAACUCCUCUUAAUUUCAAAUUCAUCGAAAACGCCCCCACAUUUUCUUCUUACAUCUGACACGUUGAAUCAACGGUGUAAUUUUCAAACAAUCGAACCCCCAUUUUCUUUCUUCUACACUGAAAAGACUCUAGUGGAUUUCAGAGCUCCUUAGCUUUCUUUGCUGGACAACCCUAUUAUACACUGUUUAAGAUUUUCUAUUCACCUGUCUGAAAUAUUGACAAUCAAUUGACAUUAAUUUUUCAUUUCUUACUUCAAUGUUCAAAAUGGAGGCUUAGGUCAUAUCUUUGAUUUUAUGAACCUGUGGUUGACUUUAUUUCGCCACCCCCUCAUCAGAUAUCAGGGUACCUAAGCUAGCCACCCACAGUCGAGCCAAAUAUUAUUUAACUUAAUUACGAUGACGGGGGUAGCUUCGUUACCAUGUGGAUCACAUUGCCUUUGCGAUUGGUUAACCACUGACGGUCUCUUUGUAUUGUACGCUUUUAAGUUCAUGAAUCGUCGCGUACGCAUGCAUAUGGUUAGAUGUGUAACGGUAACGAGGAACACUGUCGCGGUCACUGGUAGCGUAUCGUUCACACAAGGUCGUAUAUGUACGUCUGGUGUGCACAGAGCUGAGUCGACAGUGAACAAGAUCUCGAUACGUUGUUAUCAUGGAUAAAGAGAGCAGGCCGAUUGCACUUGUGUUCUUUGCUUCAUUUUGCUCAGUUUUGCCAGCGGGAACUGUAUCAUGAUGCUUCUAUAGGUGCAGCAAUCAACAUUGUCGUCGUUCGCCUCUUUAUUUUGGAUGAAGAUCGAGAUGAUCUGAAAAUCGACCACGAUGCCGAGCCGACCUUGUCCAGCUUUUGUGAUUGGGCAAACAAGUUUAACCCAGCCAGUGAAUAUCAUCCACAACAUCACGAUGUGGCUAUAAUGUUGACGAGGUUGGAUCUUUGCCUUGGUAUGAACAAGCCAUGUGGCACCCUUGGCCUAGCACAGGUGAAUGGAAUGUGCUCCAAAGACAGAAGCUGCAACAUCAACGAAGAUACUGGUCUUUCUGUUGCUUACACUGUGGCACACGAACUAGGGCACAAUUUCGGAAUGGAGCACGAUGGCCUUGGAAACGAGUGCAAGUAUGCGAUUAACGAUGACAAAUACAUCAUGUCACCAACCCAGUCACUUUCGAACCACCCUUACAUGUGGUCCUCAUGCAGUCGAGCAUACAUCAGGAAAUUCCUUUUCAAAGGCUUUGGUUGGUGUUUAGACGAUGAACCAAGCAACCACAGAUAUGAGUACAAAACAGUGUUGCCUGGUGUUAUAUACGACCUGGAUCAACAAUGCAAAAUGAGACAUGGACCCCAGUCAGGUGUCUGUCACGUACAAUGGAUCCAAGAUGGCGACCCGUGCUCUCGCUUGUGGUGUCGCUUUGAAUAUCAAUCAACGACAACUUGUGUAAUGAGAAACAAGCCUGCCGCAGAUGGUACAUACUGUAAGCAUGGCCAUUGGUGUUAUCGUGGUAAAUGCAUCAAGAAAAGGGAACUCCCUCAAGCUGUGGAUGGAGGUUGGGGACCUUGGAGCAAAUGGUCUUCUUGUACACGCUCUUGUGGAGGAGGAGUCAGAUCGAAAGAACGUCACUGCGAUAACCCCAAGCCCCAAAAUGGCGGAAAAUAUUGCCUUGGUGUUUAUAAGAAAUAUCAAAUUUGUAACAAGAAGGAAUGCAAGGCCCAAACAGCAGGAUUCCGCGAUCUGCAGUGUCAAUAUUAUGCAAUGCAUGCUUUCCCAACUUACAUCAAUUCAAGAUCUAGUGUCGAAUCUGUAUAUCUUCCAGACAAGCCAUGUGAGCUACAUUGCCGAAACAGGGGAUCUUUCCAUUCAAUAAAAGUCAUGGAAGAGGUCAUCGAUGGGACUCCUUGUAGAGAGGGACAUAACGAUGUUUGCAUUGGUGGCAAGUGUGAGCCUGUUGGCUGUGACUGGAUAUUACGCUCCGCGGCGAAAGAAGACAAAUGUGGCGUCUGCCAUGGUGAUGGAUCCUCGUGCCAUACGGUGAAGUCCCAAUUCAAUCAAACCGAUUUAUCUCAAGGAGAAUAUGUGGAGACGGCCUUCAUCCCAGCUGGCGCACGUUACAUUCGCAUCGAGGAAGUGAAGGGCGCCGAGAAUUACCUGGCGUUGAAAUCAUCAAAUGGUUUUUACUACCUAAAUGGACACUGGAAUAUUCAGGACACUGGGAAAUAUGACGCAGCAGGGACAAAAGUUUUUUAUGCCAGAAGUAACCAGAAGGACCAACUGCGUGCAACUGGUCCAACGAAAGAGGAUUUGCAUGUUUUGCUUUUUGUGCAAGGACCAAACCCUGGAGUUGAUAUCGAAUUCACGAUUCCAAAAGUCAAUGGGACAAAGUCAAAGACGUCGUAUAGAUGGAAGAACGGAGCUUGGUCACGAUGCUCUGCCAGUUGUGGCAUAGGUGUCAAGGUAUCACUGCCUGAAUGUAUCGAAAACAACCUUAACGCACCGGUUGACGAUAGGUAUUGCGAUCAAGACAAAAAACCAAACAAACACGAGAAAGUAUGCAAUAUGAAGCGAUGCCCACCAGAAUGGUGGACAGGGUCGUGGCAAAAAUGUUCCAAGAACUGCGGAAAGGGAAUUUCAAGGAGAUAUGUCUUUUGUGUGCAGCGAUUGAAAGAAGAUGAACAAUUAGCUCUUCGAGAUGAACAUUGUGACAAGAGGAAAAAACCGAGAGAAACCAAGACUUGUUACAAGAGGUGCCGAGCGCGUUGGGUCAAGGGGCAAUGGGGAAAGUGCUCUAAAGGCUGUGGGGUGGGUGUUCAGCGACGUGACGUUCGAUGCAGCGAAGACAUCAAUAUGUGUAGGCAUCUCCCUAAACCAGCGGAAAUGCGACUCUGCAAUGGAACACGAUGUCCACAUUGGAUUACAGGAUCUUGGGGCGAUUGCAACGCUAGAUGCGGAACUGGUAUCAGGGAACGCUCUGUAAUCUGUUUCGAUGGUGUGACGUCAAAGAAGGUUUCGGCCAGGAAAUGCCCAAGGAAUGUUAAACCAAUCAACAAAGAGUCUUGUUUUACAAGAAGCUGCAUUCAGUGGACAACAUCAGCCUGGUCACCGUGUUCAAGAAGUUGUGGGAAUGGUGUUCAAACGAGAAGUGUCAGCUGUCUGAUCAAAGAUAGAUGUAGGCAUAGUGACCGCCCUCCAUCACAGCGAUCAUGUUCCAAAGGCGCCUGCGCAUCUUGGCGAACGGGUCAAUGGGGAGAGUGCUCAAACAGUUGUGUACAGUGGCGAACCGUUGUAUGUGGAGCUGUUGGGUCAUUACGUAGCUCGAGCUCCUGUCCUUAUAGGACCCGCCCACCUAGAACUCGAAAAUGCAGUGGUGGCAGGUGUGGGACAGCCGCGUACAAUCAUAGAAAACCAAGAUGGCACCGUUGUACUGGUGACCAACUAAGCAAACACUUCUGCAGAGUUGUUAAACUUGCCAAGUUUUGCUCUGUAACACGGUAUUCAAGUCACUGUUGUCAAACAUGCCGCGAUGCAUCCAGGUAAUAGAUGCCUUAGAAGUAACGGAUAAUGCUUCCAUUUUACGAAGCAGCAAAUGUUACCUAGCCAAUGGCAUUUUACAGAAUGGCAGUUGCGGCACAAAGCUGUUACGCAAGAGACAUCAAGGCAAGCUGCAGAUCCAACAAUGCUGGAUAGAAUGCAUACCUGACAAUCUAACGGUAUUUUGAACUCCAUGUAAAAAUGAAAGCAGUACAGUUUAAUGUUCUGUAUUUCCAAGAAUACCAGCUCUCCAUAACCCAAAUAACAGGCCUUAAGCGAUGGGUUUUAGCCCCAAUUGUUCCUCCUGCUAGAUUUAUGAUCUGGAAACCGUGUCUCACUUGAGAUGGUCGAUAAUACUUUUUUCACUUCCACUCAGAUAACUGUCUGCGGGUUCAACGACAGUUUGAUUUUGAAAUGGAAUGCCUCAAUUAAUUUACAAAUUAAUCUUCCGUGAGCUUUUCGUGUUUUGUUCCAGCAAUAUUGUCGAGGACAAAAUCUUUGUGCCGAAAGCUCUAACCGCUUUCAUAUUUUGCUAGUUGUGCUAGGUAAGCCAGUAGCUAUUGCACAUUUAAUGUGCGGUAUUAGAGUUAAGAAUGCCCUUACUCUGGGGGGCAUUCCUGAGAGCAGGCAAGUCGUUUCCUUGAUCUACUAGAAGAUUUUCAGAUGUCGACAAGAUUGAACCAAACUGCCAUGUAUUUUUGUUCUUGCCGUGCUUUAUCGAAAAUUUUUGCAGGAAUGCUCCCUAAAGUGGGAGAUAACGUGACUAUAUUAAAAGUAAGAUUAGAAAUAGACGUAAAUAUACAAUGUGUAGAUUAGGUAAAAAACGUAAAGAAAAACAAGCUUAUUUCAUUGAACUCGCAUUUUGGAGUAAAUUUAGUUUUCACCAAUUCGCAACUUACAGGACACAAAAUGCUAGAACCAUAUAAUUUUCUGUAGCAUCGCAGUGACGGUAAUAAGUUUGUAAAAACGUGUUAGUGAAGUUCAAUCAAGCAAGUUUGAUUAAGCGUAGUUAGGUGGAAUCCAAAGCCAUGCAUGUAACCUCAACCGCUGUAAAUUUUUUCUUUUCUGGCUCGUUUCUAUUAUUCCAAUGGAAGAUAACCGAUUUCUUUAGUAAACAGUUAUUUUUUUAAUUCUGUAAUAGGAAGUCGAUUCAAAACGGCUUGGCAAUCUCAGCCUUAACAUCCAAUGCUAUUGCCCGGAGGUGAUAACGGACGUGCUUAUCAGCAAAUCGAUUUUAAGACUCUCUGUUUUUUGUAAACGGACUCCCGGCCCUUUUGUAGAAAAAUUUAUCCUUUGAUUGUUGAUCUAUCAUGUGGAAAUAUAGCAUCCUGUUGUAACAAGGCUCAUCUACUGCUACAAUUACUAAUUUUUUAGCCGUUUCAUUUUAUGCUGAGUGUAUUGGUGCGCUCAUGAAUAAUAUCGCACCCUGGCUCGGAUUGCUUCAAAUUCCGUAAUCCCAAUGGGGGUAUAGGUACUUCCAGUGAAAGAGUCGUGUUGUUCCCUAUCAUUUUGUACCCAAUUUCGUACAGAGGCUUUAGGACGCAGUCGAAUGACCGAAUAGCACAGGAUGUUAGCGCUCCUGCCAUCACCUUUCUCUUCUGCACCGCUAAUGGGAAGUCUGGGACUAGUGACGUAAUCUGAGGUUAUUUAAAUGAGUAGUCACUCUCAGUCUUUAAACAACUGUCUUGAAAGACAUUGUUCACGUUUUGGAUACUUAGAAAAUAAAAAAGAAUUUAGUUUGCUUGCAGCUUUAGGAAAGCUUGCUAAUAAUUCUGACGAUGCAGCACUGCUAUCCAAACUUCAAACCCCAUUAAUUUUGUUUUUCUGACAAUGUAGUGAUUUUUUCCUGAAUCCAAGAUCCUUCAUGCUUAUAGCCCGUCAAAAAUUGAUUUUAACAUUUUUUUGUAUUUAAACUUUCUAUUUAUCAGGUUAAUAAAUGUCUUUUUUAAGUCUGUAUGAAUAUACUAAAAUUUUGUAAUCGAUACUGGCGCUUUGUAUGUAGCAUUUCAUGACAUAGUUAAUGACACGUUUUUUUGGAAUCGUUAAUUUUUUCUUUCAUUUUAUACAAAUACAGUGUAGGUCUUAGACCGGUAAAUUUAUCAUUUAACAAGCCUCAAUAAUGAAGGGAGUCGUUUUUUUCCAAGUUUCUUCCACGCUCAAUACUUCAUACUCCUGUCAUGUCAUGAAUUUUUGCCUUGGAAGAAGGGAGGUAGAUGGUUGCAGAUUUCCCAAACACCAGGCAGUACUGAAAAUGACAACAGGGUAAAUCAUGCCAUUGAAAUGCAAACUUCUAAGAACAAACACCAGUACCUCUUUCAAAUUGUCAAUUUAAAGUCACCAUGGUUCCUCGUCAGACUUGCUGUAUGUUUUAUUUGCUUAGGAUCCACUGUCCCCAUGAUUCAAAAAGAGAGCAGUUCUUUACUUGCCCUGUCCAUCACCAUGUCUUCUUACUUUUUCUCAAAUCUGCUUUUUCUAUCGAUUACAUCUUGAGCCAGAAAUAUAUGAAAUAAAUUGCGAUAAUUGAAUUGCAAGGGUGUGUUUGCAAGUGCUUAUUGUUUCACAUAACUAAAAGCAGAAAUUCAUUUUGAUAAGUACCAUUGCAUUAAUAGGUUUUGGUGCAAUUAGUAGUAUGUCUGAUAAAUCCGCUCCACAAAAUCUUUAAUGCUUUAAAACGAAAUUGCAUGUUUACAAAAAUCUAUGGCCAUGUUGUUAAAGCAAAGUGUAAUUACAAUAUGAACUUGAUAUUUGCCUGAUUCCUGAGAAGAGGUUCAGUGGCGGUUUUAUGGACUGCGGGGCCCGGAGCCAAAAACAUCUUGGCCUUGUUCUUUACAUAUAAUCAUCUUUACAUCUUUGCAUAAAACCUUGUCCUUUACAACUUCUAUCUUUUUUCUUAGGUGUUGGGCCCCUUUUGUCUAUCAUAAGCGCGUGGCCUGGGGCCAUGGCCCCCUGGAGCCCCCCUUAAAACCACCACUGAAGAGGUCCCUCGCACAUCUCUUCUGUAUAUGAAAAUGUUUUCAAUUAGCAAGAGAAUGCCAUUGCCGUGAUCAGUUAAUCAAAAAAAAGAUACCAUUGCCACACUGCGGCCACCUUUGUUGUUGUAAGCUUUGCUUUUCAAUCAAUUUAUGUUGACUGUUUGAGCGACACUAGGAUGGGACGUAUCUACACAAAGACUAGUAUUCGUGAAGAGUUUUGCUGCCAAAUUCUUGUUUUUCCAUUCCUGUGGCGUUGGUUCUAGCAAAUUGGUCGUCCCUUUGAUUAACAACAAUGGAAUCGUUGUUAUACAUUCAGUUGUUGGUAUGUUUCGCAAGAAAAUAAACAAUACUUUACUUGCAUGUUUACAAAAGUGGAAUAUAUUUACUUAAGACAAAAACUGCACGGCGUCAAGACCAAUAAAGCAAGGGAAGGGGAAUUCACCUCUCUACUUUGUAAUACAGAAUUUGAAUAUCUUGACAUAGUUUUUUGUCCAAAUAUUUCGUUAAACAUUGUGGAACUUUCUUUGAUGGUGAGAAGAAACUAUGAAGAGUCUGCAGAUUGGACGUUGUUUUGGCAGUUUUUAUAGAUUAUACAAGAUAAUGCCUUACCGUUUCAUGAUUCUGAGCCUGUUAAAUUCUCAGUUUUUUGUUUUAAAACUCUUCAAACAGCGCUUUUAAACCCACAAGACUGGAUUUCGUGGAUUUUUUCUCACUGAAAAGCCUACCUUGAAUGAUUAUGAAAUCCGAGCUGCGAAGGCGCUUCUCCCACACAUUGAAUAAACAAAGGUAUCUAAAGACUGACAAAAGUCUAUUCUUUCAAAAAGCACAAGCCAAUAAGAAGGAGGAUUUAUAACAAUUGUAUUGUCCCAUUGAGCCAAUCACAUCGCUAAAAGACAAAAGAGUCUAUAUUUACCAAGCGCUUGAUGAAGAGAGGCAACUUGAAAGAUGUUUAAAGUUCUGCUGAGUGACCGAUGAAAGCUUAAAUUUGGAAGAAGUGUUUAUGCAGGAAAAAUUGAGGAAAUUACUCGUGGGAGAAUCAAUGACAGUGGAGUCCACCAAUUCACUUCUGGUGAAUGUUUCUGCCACUUUUGAAUGUUGUUGAGUUUGUGCAGAGAUGCCGAAAGAGAUCCACCGAAUUUGGGCAUGAUUUCUGUCUCCAUUCGCGUCUAGAGAAACAAUUUGAUCACCAACAUCAAUGUUGGAACAUCCAAAUUGUAUAAAAAUCCAUUGAAAAGAAAACCAUUCUGCAGUUCUUCAAUAAGACUUGUGCAUAGAAAUGCCUUUAUUUUCGUUUGGUAGCAGCGGGAAAAAUUCUCACAAGUAUCAUUGUCGUGUACUUUUGUUGGAUGAUAGUGAGUUAACACAUGAAAUAUCGG